CCACUGUCUUCAACCUAUUCGGAAAUUUCAAAGGUGAAUACCAACCAAGUUGAGCAUCAUUAAUCAUAGUUUAUUCUUGGAUGCAUGAAUUAGAACAUGGAAAUCAGCAUCACUCACCUACUCUACUCAUAUAUUCUUAUUUUUAAAGACUUGAAUCAGCGCAUAGUUAAAUGACGUCAAGGACACAUUGUUUGUGAUAAUAAUUGAGGAGAUAUAGCCAUUUUACACAUUGUUUUUGCUGAACCUAAACUCAGAUUCCAUCAAAUUCUUUCUCAGAAAAAUAUACAGUGUUUUUCCUUGGAUCAUGGCGGCAUAUGCAGCCUUGGUUUCUCUUAUGCAUAUCAUUGAUAAAAUCGAGCAUCACCAUUCCCCUCCAGUUUCUAUCGACAAACAACAAGUUGAAUCUCUCACUCAAAUUCUUACCUUUUUGCAGGAAUUUCUUGAAAGUUAUAAGUCCCCUGUUGCCGACGGAGAUGAAGCUGAUCCGCUGGAGAUGCGUAUCGCAGAUGCAGCUCAUGCUGUUGAAGAUGUUAUCGAAUCACAUAUUGUGAACGUGAUUAAACUGGGUAGAUCUAGUCCCAAUGAAGAAUUUCUCCAAGGCUAUGUUGUAGAUGCAGCUCAUGCGGCUGAAGAAGUGAAUUCUAGAGAGGAAGUCAGUUGCAUCGACUUCUAUCAAGAUCUACAGAAAGUGAUUGAAGAAAUGAAUGUGAUCAAGAAGGAAGCCAUGGAGACUUCAGCUGAAGCUCAGCUGCAGAGGAAGGUCUCCUCGACUCAUGCUGGCUCCUUGACGUCCUCUUCCAAUGUGAAGGAAAGCAAGAUGGUGGGCUUUGAUGACGUGCAACUUCAACUCUUGGAUUGGCUCACUGGAGGGAACCGUAACCGCCAAAUAAUCUCAAUCACAGGGAUGGGCGGGAUUGGUAAGACCACUCUUGCCCGACAUAUAUUUGAGCAUGCCCUUGUUAAGCAACAUUUUGAUAUUCGUGCGUGGACUACAAUUUCUCAAACUUAUAAUGUUAGAGAAACACUUAGAGAAGUUCUUUACCAAGUGAGCGGACAUUCGAGGAAUGACUUGAGUGAUGAGAACAAAUUGGGAGAAAAAUUGCACAAGUAUUUAUGGGGUAGGAGGUACAUUAUAAUAUUGGAUGAUAUGUGGAGUGUAGAGGUGUGGGACAAGAUGAGGGUUUUCUUUCCCGAUUACAAUAAUGGGAGUCGAGUGAUCGUAACAACUAGGCUCUCAAACUUGGCUGCCGAGUUGACAGGGUCUAACAGCAUAGGUAUGAGAUUUUUAGAUGAUGUUUGUAGCUGGAGUUUGUUCUCCAAAACUGUAUUUGGGGAUGAGGUUUUUCCUCUUCAACUCAAGGAAAUCGGAAAGAAAAUCGUGGGGAAGUGUAAGGGACUUCCUUUGUCGAUUGCUGUGAUUGGGGGUCUUUUGGCAAAAUCCGAACUUACACUUGAAUAUUGGGAGCACAUAGAGGAAAACAUAAGCUCAAUAGUGAAUUCUGAGAAUGAUGAAUAUUGCUUGAGAGUAUUGAAACUGAGCUAUGACCAUUUGCCUGCCUAUCUGAAGCCUUGUUUUUUGUACAUGGGGAUGUUUGGGGAAGAUGAGGAAAUUUGGGUUGCAAAACUCAUGAGGUUAUGGGUUUCUGAAGGCUUUCUUAAACCAAUAAUCAAUAAAAGCUCGAAAACAAUUGCCAAGGAGUAUUUGAAGGAGCUAGUCGAUAGAAACCUCAUUCUAGUUGAUGAGUUGGGGGCAGUUGGGAAUAUAAAGUACUGCAAAAUGCAUGAUUUAGUGAGAGAUCUAUCAUUUCAAGAAGCUGAAAAGCAGAGGUUUUAUUAUGUGUUAGGGCAACAUUGUCCUCGAGGGAUAAAUAGCCAACGCCGCAUUCUUAUUCCCAGAAGAACUUCAGCUAUGACAGUCCGGGAUGCCAUGGAAACUAUGUCGUCACGUGCUCGUUCUUUCAUAUGUCAUGCUGAUACGGUUCAAGAAUUGCUAGAUUUCAUAUUUUUGAGGACACUGAGUGUAUAUGAGUAUUCCAAAGGGUAUUUAGAUGAAAAUGUGUUUCAAAUGGUGAACUUGAGGUACCUUUCGGGUGAAUUUCGUGAGGGGUUCCAAAUCCCUUCUUCAAUUAGUCUGCUCUGGAAUCUACACACACUAAUUGUUUCUUGUUGGAUGGAAUCUGCACCAGUAGAAAUUUGGAAAAUGCAUCAGCUCAAGCAUGUCGAGUUCAGAAAUGGAGGAAUGUAUCUCCCAAAUCCUUCGAGCGGGGAUAGUGAUGUUAUGAUGGAGAAUCUAGAGACGCUCAAAGGAGUGAUUGAUUUCAACUUGAAUGAAGAAGUGAUUAAGAGAAUUCCCAAUAUCAAGAAACUGUCUAUAAGAUACGUGCAUAAAGUAAUGGAGUACAGAGUGAAGUGCCUCAGCUAUCUUCAAUGUCUGAGUGAGCUGGAAAGCUUGACGUGCAUUAUUCAACAUGGAAGUGAUGAGUAUCUGCAGAGUAUUAGCUUCCCGCACUCACUCAAGAAGCUGUAUCUUCAAUGCGGAAACUUCUAUUUGGAGGAAAUUCUGGAAAAGAUAGCUUCAUUGCCACAUCUUGAGAAGCUCAAAUUGUUCAAGGGGCAGUUUGCAACACGCAGUUGGGAAAUAGUUGAAGGCCAAUUCCCCAGCCUCAAAUACUUGAUAUUGUGGGAUUGUGAGGAUAUGGAAUGUUGGACGUUAGAGGGCUCCUGCUUGCCACGCCUUGAGCAACUUCAUCUCUGGGACAUGGCGUCGUUGGAGGAGUUCCCUUCAGAAAUUGGAGAAAUACCAAACCUCAAAUCAAUUGAAUUGUACAGAUGCAGUGAAUCAAUGGCUGUGUCUUUAAAAAAGAUAGUAGAGGAACAAGAGGAAUCACAAGGAGAGCCAUCCAUUCAUGUUCUAGUUAAUGGAUCCCAACUUUCGUGUAGUUUGAUGUGAUGAGGAAUUCAAUUGCAUGUGGGAAUAUACUAAUUUGAGUGAUUAAUUUUCCUUAUAACUUUAUAUUUAGCUUGUUUUUAAUUAUUUUUAA